CGUAAGCACGUCGCUGUACGUACGGGUGAAUGUGACAGACGAGCGCGCCAAAUUGAUAACUGCAUCUAAAGCGACGUAGAACAAAAGAUUGGUUGAAUUUAAGUGUAGCUUGCUAAAAAGCAAAACUGCACAAGUCGUUUAGACACUGAAGAGUCGAUACCUUACCGGUCACACCUCUGAAUAACGUCCUCGGGUCCUGCCGGACAGCUGUCAGGAUGGGUUUGCUCGACCGUUGCCAGGAGCUCUUCAACACCGCAAACUUGUACGAGGUUCUGGGGAUCAACAAAGACGCGACCGAGGCAGACAUCCGGAGGAGCUACUACAAAGUGUCGCUCCAAGUCCACCCGGAUCGGGCUCCUGAAGACCCGCAGGCCACGGAGAAGUUCCAGGUGUUGGGAAAGCUGUAUGCUGUUCUGAGCGAUAAGGAGCAGAGGGCUGUUUACGACGAGCAGGGAGUGGUGGAUGAAGAGUCUGAUGUCCUGAGUCAGGACCGCUGCUGGGAGGACUACUGGAGACUGCUCUUCCCUAAGAUCACGAUGCAGGACAUCAUGGAAUUUGAGAAGAAGUAUAAGGGCUCUGACGAGGAGCGGGAGGAUGUGAUCCGGCUUUAUGUGCAGCACCAGGGAGACAUGGACGCCAUCACGGCUUCGGCUCUGUGCUGCUCCCAGGAGGACGAACCCAGGCUGUGCAGCAUCAUCCGGGCUGCCAUAGACGGUGGCGAGGUCACAUCCUUCCCAGCGUUUACCCAGGAGAGCAACAAGAAGAAGAGGGCACGGAGGAAGAGGGCUGACAGAGAGCGACAAGAAGCAGAAGAAAUGCAGAAAGAGAUGGGGCUGGGUGACGAGGAGGAUAGUCUCGUGAUGAUGCUUAAGCAAAAGCAGAAGUCCAGAGAGCAGAAUUUCAACAGUUUCCUAUCAGACCUGGAAGCAAAAUAUGCCAAAAAAACUCCAAAAGGAAAAAGAGGGAAAAAGUGAUCUGACUCAAGCAGACAAACUGUAUAUAACUUGCUUAAAAGGCACCGCUUUUUGAUUAACAAUCACAAUAAGUACCUGUGGUUCCCCCUGUAUACCUCCUCAUAAAACGAUUCUUUCAGUUCUCUGUAGCUUGGUGUGUGACACCAACAUGUUCAUGCGUCCUGUAUUUCUCUUCAACUGUUGUUGUUAUAAAACAUGAAUAAAUCUGUAUUUAAAGUA